CCCUCACAUUUAUUUUGGGGGAAAACGUCACCUGAUUGGAAACUUUCCUCAACAAAUCACAAAGCGCCGAGAUCUGCCCUCUGCUAUAGGAUCGCCAAUGAGAAGGGCCUCCUUCACCUCCUCCAUCCUUUCUAGGACCCUCUCCACCGUUCACGACGGAGGAACAGUCAACCUACACCCUCGUCUCCUCCGGGUGGCGCUCUUUAGCAGCAGCAGAACCGACAAUUCCAAUUCUCGCCGCCAUUGGUUCUCUCCGCUUCUCAAUUCCUUUUCGAAAACCUCUGGUCAAGCCGUCUCUCUCGGCCUUGUCGGCGUUGUCGCCUCUGUGGCCUCUGCUGCUUCGGUCUACGCCAAGGAGCCGCCACCAGCUGAAAUCAUCCCAAAGGACGUUGUUCUUUAUCAGUAUGAGGCCUGCCCAUUUUGUAAUAAAGUUAAAGCAUUCUUGGACUACUAUGAUAUACCAUACAAGGUGGUGGAAGUCAAUCCCAUUAGUAAGAAAGAGAUCAAGUGGUCUGAUUACAAGAAGGUGCCUAUUCUGAUGGUUGAUGGUCAACAGCUGGUGGACUCAUCAGCUAUUAUUGACCAAUUGAGUGAAAAGAUCCUUCCUGGAAAAGCAAUUAUUUCAGUUGCUGAUGAAGAUGAAGAAACAAAGUGGCGUAGGUGGGUUGACAACCACUUGGUGCAUGUCUUAUCUCCAAACAUAUACCGCAACACGUCUGAGGCUCUUGAAUCUUUCGACUACAUCACUAGCAAUGGUAACUUCAGUUUCACUGAGAAGAUAACAGUGAAAUAUGCUGGAGCUGCAGCUAUGUAUUUUGUGUCCAAGAAUCUAAAGAAGAAAUAUAACAUCACUGAUGAGCGUGCUGCCUUGUAUGAAGCAACAGAAACAUGGGUGGAUGCUCUAAAUGGGCGAAAUUUUCUUGGGGGAUCCAAGCCUAAUCUAGCUGACCUUGCUGUCUUUGGGGUGCUAAGACCGAUACGUUACCUGAGAUCUGGUAGAGAUAUGGUGGAACACACUCGAAUUGGAGAGUGGUACUCUAGAAUGGAGAAAGUAGUUGGGGAGUCAUCAAGGAUCAAGGCUUAAACCAUAUGCUCUUGGCAAGGUCUGUUCCCAGCAUCAAUUGGCAACACCUACAUCUUAAAUAGAAAACAAAAUGGUUUCCUAAUAACAGUUUUGGUUUAUUAAACAAUUUUUUUUCCAUACCAUAAGUUGACGGGCAAUUCUGUUAUUGUAAUUCAUAUUUGAAUGUUGAAAUUGGAAUUAUUUCUGUAGGUAGGUUUUGUAAGCAAUUCUAGGGAAUGAGGAUGCUUCACAGAUGGAUUGUAUUAUUUUGACAUGAUUUUAUACCUUGCAAUGGUCUCGUAAUAAAUUCAUCAAAUUAGGUC